UGAUUACAAACACGGAAAUACAGUAAGAGAAGGAGGGCGUCAGCGUAGUUAGGGUCCAUCUGUUAUUUCAUGCAACCUAAGCAUCCGCGAUUAAAAGGUGACAUUGCGCGUAAAAUACCGAACCGGGUGGUGCAUUAGACUUUCCCUCCCGCUCUAUGGAUUUGUUGCAGCUUCUGUCAUGGGCCUGCAUCGUGUUUACAGUCGGGAUGUUCUCGACUGGACUGACCGACCUGAAAAAGAUGCGAGAAUCCAAAAGUGCUGACAAUAUCCAGUUUCUCCCUUUCCUCACCACUUGUCUUAAUAACCUGGGUUGGUUGUAUUAUGGGAUCCUGAAACAGGAUCAGACGAUUGUCCUGGUCAACAUUAUCGGAGCUCUCCUCCAGAUCCUUUACAUCAUCAUGUACUUCAACUACACAAAACAAAAGAGGCUGGUGAUGUCGGAGACUCUUGCAGCAGGGAUGGUGCUGACCUGUGGCUGGUUCUACUUCACCACGUUUCUUCCUGAGGGAGACACACGGCUCAGCCAGCUGGGUUUCACUUGCAGCGUGGUCACCGUCAGCAUGUACCUGUCCCCACUCACCGACCUGGUACAGAUAGUACGUAGCGGUAAUGUGCAGUGCUUGUCCUUCCCCCUCACUGUAGCCACUUUCUUCACCUCAACCUCCUGGGUCCUCUACGGCCUACAGCUAAAUGACAACUACAUUGUGGUUCCAAACACACCUGGAAUCUUCACCAGCCUCAUCAGAUUUUAUCUGUUUUGGAGAUUUGCGUCUGUCAAUCAGAGCUCGCCUUCCUAUAAGUCUAUGCAGAUAUGAGGACAUGAGGGCGAUGGUUAUGAAAACAGAGAGAUGACAGGUUUGUUGGCUGCAGUGCAGCUCUCCCAUCAUAGAAUGAGACAGAGUCACAUGACGAGAAACAAACUGUCGCUGGGUGUCACCACUUAUAAAGUGGAGAUAAUGUCUUGCAUCUGUUGACUUAGUCAGUUCAGGGAGGUAUACAAAGGAGUACAGUUACUCAUUUAAGUGAAUUAUUAUGUUGUCAGUUUAAUUCAGCUGUUUUUUCUUCUGCAGUUAUUUUCUAAACCUGUGUCUCCUCUCUGUGUCUUUCAAGUGCCUUCUGUUAGAUCAUGUUUGCCAUUAAAGCUCAAUGGCAUUUACUGAUCUAUCAACAGACCUGCUAUCUGUUCACAAUCCAGUGUAUUGGAUUGAAUCUUCCUCACUUAAUACGAGCCAAAGAUUUUGUGGAAUUGUAACUUGUUGGCUGCUAAUUUAAUAUUACAGAUAGUUUCUCUGUUCCUUGGUAUAAAAGUAGUAUGAGGCACUGUACCAUAUAGUUUCAUAUUUUUCACCACAGCCUGGUGAAGCGAUGAUGAUUUCAUAUCUGUUUAGAGUUGGUACUCAUGCCUCUGUAUCAUCAAUAUUGAAUAUCAGUAGCAGUGAGUUAUAUUUGUUCAGAAAAGUUUUCUAUAUAUUUUGCGUCUGAAUCUUUUUGAUACGGGAUGUGUGUGUUGGGCUUAUGUCCAAGAUAAAUAUUGCCUUAUAUUGUUAUUUCUAUUUUUAUAAGUUCUCGUGAGAUUAAGUAAAAUGCAAGACGAGACUAACACCAUAGGAUUUGUUUACAAAAAGGAAUAAUGCUUAUUUUUCUGGUGGCUGGUUAUCAUGGGUAAUAAAGUUGUGCUUGUUUCCUCAUUGCUAUUAAUAAUAAGGACAUACGUUGUGCAAAUUGAACAGCUGAGUGUCAGUGCUAAUUCAUUCUAAAGGAUGUAAGAUCUUUAAAGGUGCCAUGUAAAUAAAUUUUUAUCUUAACCAUCAA